GCUUUGGUUUUGACCAAUCACACUAAAGAGUUAUGUGCGAUGGCGAUGUGUGAUUCCUUUCUUUCACUCUUGUUCUAAUAAAAUUUAGUAUAAAGUAAAAUAAACACGGUUUAUAAGACUUAUGUAUUAUAAAUACAACACUAAUUAUAAAAGAUCGGAUUCGGCGGAAUUUGAUUUGAGUACGUGUGAACCAUAUAAAACGUGAGGUGGAGAACCCUGGACCGCUGAUGGAGACCCACGUGUCUUCAACCACUGCAGAUGUUCCAGACACGCAGGAGGUAAUUGGUUCACAUGGCAAUGUUGAGAUAGUGGUUGCAGUGGAGAAAGUAGAGGAAGACAUACAGCAGAAGGCAGAUUCAAACUCACAAGACAAUGCACAGCCUAUGAUGGAAGAAAGUAGUCCUCCCUGCAGCCAAUCUACAAAGACGGAUGGCUUGCAUAAGUCACCUCAUAAGCAAGAACCAUUACAACCGCCUACAAGCAAAGAAAUUAAUAAAACUGCUCCAUCUCCAAUUAAAUUACAGUCAACCAAGCAACCUAACAUACAAACAAAUGCAAAUGAAAGUCUAACACCCCAAAGUCAACUCUCAGGCAAACAAGUUGGAGUUGUUACGCAAAAUGCUCCUGAUAAAGAACUACCAGCACGAGCAGAUGUUGACUCUACAUCUCCAAAAGACAUCCCCAUGGAAGUUACAUCUGAUGAGGUCGAUAAUAAAAAUGAUAUGACCUUGAAUAUUACUGUUGAUAGAGAUCCUUCUAAUGAAUCGCAGUCAGAUAUGACUAGUGAUGCAGAAAAGGAACACAAUAAAAGUAUUAGUAGAGAGUUGAAGUCACUUAUUAACUCUGCUAAAGAAUCCAAAAUUAUUAGUGAAUGCACGAAAUUGACUAGCAAAACAAGAAAAUCUGCAAGAGCUGCUCUUGAUACUUCAAGCACUAAUAUAAAUAAUACUCCUGAGGCUGAUCGUAUUCAGGGCAACCGGCGUAGUAGCAGUAAUUCCCAAAAAAGCAAUUCAAGUGAGAAAUCAGAUAGGGUGGGAAAGAGAUCUAUGAGGUCCCAAAACCCAGAAUUUGUUCACAAAGUCAGAAAAUUCCUUAAUUCAGUCACAGGAAAGUUUCAAAAAGAUGCUGAUUCUGAUGAAAGCACUGUAUCUGAUGAAGAGACAGUAGCUCCAAAAAUGAAAGAAAACGCCACUGACUCCUCUCCCAGCAAUGCCAAGAACCGAAAUCCUAAUCAGGAACAGGUCCAAUCUCAGUCUAAAAUAGAUGAAAAAAGUAACAAGCUUCGUUCAGACCCAUAUUGCUGGAGAUGCCAUUGGUCCAUUGACAUGAAUGAUGGUGAGAAGACACCGCAGCCUCCGUUGAAGUGCACCGUCUGCCCCCGGGCCUUUCACUACAGAUGCCUUACGGGCUCCGAGAAAAAUAAGAUCAGUUCUGAAAAGAAUUGGGUGUGCUCCGAAUGCAUGACUGUGUUACAUGCAGAAAGUUCCGAGACCAGAUCCCUUGCAAUGAGAAAGACAACAUUAGGAAUGCUGUGUGAGCUGCUGAAAUAUUCUUUGCAGCGCAUGACUGAAGUAGCUGGGGCGGAACCGUUUCUACAGAGCGUGGACCGCUCGGUGUUCCCCGACUACGACAAGUACGUGGUGCACCCCAUGGACCUGGCGCUGAUGCGCGAGCACAUCGACGAGGGGCUGUACGGCAGCACCGAGGCCUUCCUGGCCGACGCGCACUGGAUACUACACAACAGUAUUAUAUUCAACACAUUGCAGUCGAAGCUGACGACGACGGCGCGCGCGCUGGUGCGCUCGUGCCGCGCGGAGAUGGGCGAGAUCGAGGCGUGCCCCGAGUGCUACGCCGCGGCGCACGCGCGCCGCCCCACCUGGUUCACCGACGUGUGCUCCACGCCGCACCUGCUGCUGUGGGCCAAACUCAAAGGUUUCCCGUACUGGCCGGCGAAGGCGAUGACCGUGAGCCACGCGGGGCUGGUGGAUGUGCGGUUCUUCGGCGCGCACGACCGCGCCUGGGUGCCAGCGCGCGACUGCUACCUCUACUGCGAGCGCGACCCCAACAACUUCCGCACCAAGCGGCAGGACAUGCUCGAGGCCAUGCAGGAAGCGGAGCAGCACAUCCGCAACAUCUCACGCAAGUACGGCAAGUUCGCGCACGCGCCCUACCGCACCAUCUUCGAGCCCUCCAAGCUGGAGGAAGCGCUCAAGUACAUGAUACCAUCGUUUGACGGGCAAGUGCGGAGCCCGGUGCGGGAGAGGCGGUCGAAGACGCCGGCGCGCGCUCUCAAGAGCCGCUCCAACUCCAAGGGAUCGAAAGAUGACUCUAAUGCGGGGGAUGCGGUAAGCGAUAGCGAGCAAAUGGAUACCGAAACUCCUAAAACUCCUAAAGCAGAGAAAAAUGAAGAUAAGGAAGGAAAUGUAUCUGCUGGAAAACCCCAGGCGGCCACUCGAAAGCGGGCUCGUUCCGAAACAAAGGGGCCCGCUGAGAGCAGCCUCAAAGAGAAGCGGCGCCUGCUCGACACCCCCGGCAAGGAGCCGGCGCCCAAGAAAACGGACUCACCCGUGGUCAGCAGCAGCAAAGAAAUCGGACACAAACAAAACGAGUCGGACGGAGCCGCUUCCAUCGAGGCCGCCGCCGCCGCGCCCGCGCCCCCGCCCCCGCCGGGUGGCGCCGCUCCCCUCACGACCGACGCGACGCCCAAACCGAAUAAGAAUCCCAAAACUAACAAUGUAGUCGCGUCCAAUAAAACACCCGCUAAAACUGAUCUACCGAAAACUAAUGACAAAGAAAAAAAUACUCAACAAGGAGAAAAACCUGUUCCACCAAAUCAGAGAAUUUCGAGGAGUAACAAGUCGUUGAACAACAUCGAGACCAUUGAACUGGACGAAAAUAAUCCGACUACGACUACUUCAAACGAAACGUCCGCGCCGCCCGGAACAAAUGCAGCUAAACCUAAUCUUAACAAAGUCUCCCCGAAGGAAGCUGUUACUGUAACUAAAGCCAAUGAAAAAGAAAAAACUACAGAAUCUGCUGUCCUUAUCAAAAUUAAUGACAAGGGUAACAAAGAUGCUUCGUUGACUAUUACGGUAAACGCUAAAGACAAACUUACCGAAGCUGCCACUUUAACCAAAAUAACUGAUAUAGUGAAAAUGACUCAUAGUAAAAAUAAAAUAAAGGACAAGGAUACUGAAAACACUACGCCCAAUAAAGACGGGGGGAAAGAAAAGGUGUCUACGGUUACACCUAAUAAAAAUGCUGCAAAAACAACGCCAAGUACCAAAAACUUGGGUAGCGAAAAAACAAAUAAUGAUGGCCCUACAGUUCCUAAUACAACUACUGAUAAAACAGUAAGCGAUUCCACUGUCAGUACUGAUACUGGAAAAGUUAACGCGAAAGAGGGUACAGAUAAAAUUGCAGAUAAAACUGCAGAUACUAGCACAGAGAGUAAAAAGAUUGUAGUCGAUAAGGAAAAAAAUGCUUCUGCAAAGAACGCCUUUUUACCCAAAGCAGGUACUUCUAAAGCGAUCAAAGCUACCAAAAAUCGAAUACAAUACGCCGAUGACACAAGCCCGGCCGCAAUGGCUCGCAAAGUGCCAAAAAAUAACAGUAACAGCGACGUGUCCGCCGGGGCGGCGGGGAGCGGCGGCAAGGCCGCGGCCGCAAGCGCGGCUGACGCGCCGCCGGCGCCGCUCGCGCCAACCACGCCGCCCGCCACUCGCUCUUCCAGCGCCAGCAAGGCCACGCCAGUUACGGUGGAGGUCAACCCCGAUUCUAGUAUAUUCACGCCUACGAGCACAGACAACGUGCGCAACAUGAAAGAGGCGGUAAACAAACUACAGAAACUGAGAAGCGGAUUCGACCCGCCGGCAAAUCCGCAAGUCGGUAAAGUCGGCGUACGAGCUUUCGCCAGAAUGACGGCUCCGCCCGAGAAACAGGCGAAACCCAACGAUGUUGUAGUGGAAAUUAAAUCGGAACCAAUGGAGUUCGAAGAGUGUGAUGCUCCACAAGAAACUUGUACCGUCCUGGAUUCUCUGCGGCCGCGACCGAUCGCCCCGGCAGUCUCGGCUCCGAAUCUGCGGGAAGUGCGUAUUAGCAAAGUGAUGCCGAUACCGGCGGCAGCGAAGAAGUCUCCGAAGCCGCCGGACGUGAGGCCGCGCGCCAAAAAGACGUUCCCGCAGCCGAAGAAAGCCGACGACGGAAGGUCGGAGUUGACCAACAAGAACUCGAUGGUGUACAUCCCCAUCCAGCCGCCGAUCUCGCAGUCGCCCGUGCGCGCCGCGCUCAAGGCGGUCAACUCCGCCACGGCCACGCCUCCGCGGACACCUACGCUCUUCCCUACUACCAACGUGAAGAGCGUGACGUCGAUGGCUCCGCCUCUGCUGCCGAUGGCGCCGCCGCCGCUGCCGGUCACCACGGCGACGGCGACCAGCGCCGUGGCCGGCGCCAUCCUGGCGUCCGGCUUCCCCGCCGUGCCCACUACCGUGCACACGGUGCCGCUCAUCACGUCGGUCAACGGGCAGUGGACCUUCAGCUUGCAGCCUGUCAUGUCGGUUGGCGCUGGCGAGAGCAUCACGUCGGCGACGGUGAACGGCGUGAGCGAGCGUGCGGCGGGGGGGGCCGCCCCCGCCCCCGCCCCCGCGCCCUCCGCGACGCAGCCGCCCGCCCUUGUGCCCACGGGCGCGCCGGGCAACCCUCCCGUCCCCGACGCGACACGCGAGCCCGCGAGCGAGCUGCCACCGCCCCCGCAGCUGCAGCAGCGGCCGGCGCUGCAGCACCCGCUGGGCGCGGGCACCGAGAUCGGCGAGGUGACGGCGCCCUCCUCCGCCGGCCCGCUCACCGCCAAGCUCAACCACAACUCUAUCAAGCUAGCGGAGUUCUUCCGCCACUUGCUGGAGGAGUCGCUGGUGCGAGUGGAGGACCCCACGGCGGAGACGGCGGCGCUGCGCCUGCAGCUGGAGCAGGAGCGCUGGCGCUACCAGCACGAGCUGGCCGAGCUGCGGCGCACUAACGAGGUGGCGCUAGUGGAGGUUCGAGCUGCGAUGGAUAAGGAGAAAACGCGCGCAGUGGCCGAGGCGCGCCGCCUCGCGCACCACGAGCUUGAGGUCGCCGUCAAGAGUGCCAAGUCCAAGCAAUGGUGUGCCAACUGCAGCCAGGAGGCGCAGUUCUACUGCUGCUGGAACACCUCGUACUGCGACUACCCGUGCCAGCGCGCGCACUGGGGCCAGCACUACGCGCACUGCACGCAGCAGCGGACGAAUGCCUCCUCGCCACCCACGGUGACCGCCAAAGUGACUUCGGCAACCACCCGAACGUUGAACUCUGAACAAGCACAGAAUAAAUCACCUGUUGCCGUGAGCGUGGCGGAUGAAGGCAACGGGCACGCGGCAGCGAAGAGCGCGGGCGGCUCGCCGCAGGCCGCGGCCCCGCUGCACGCCGCGCCGCUGCUAGCCAACAAGCAGCUGAUGAAUAACGAUGAUAACGCACCGAAGCGAGCAGUGACAUCGGGCGGGUUCCUGAUAGUGGGCGCGGGCGCGGCGCCGCGCCGCGACUGA